AUAAUGUCAAGAGCAGAAAUGAUGGCCCCAACUGGAAUUUUUGAGGGAUAUCUUAAGAAGAGGAAGAACAUAGGGGCGCUUACCCUCAUAAGUGACAGUAACAAGCGUUAUUUCCUCUUAGACCUCCCUACCUAUAGUCUGGUAUACUUUAAAAAUAGGAAAAAGGGUAAGAAAAACACAAUUCCUCUGCAGAGAAUUCUAUUUGUGAGCAAACUUGGUGACAACGACGAAGUAAUCUCAGGUAAAGAAUGGUCAUACCCCUUCAGGAUAAUCACCACAGAGAGACAGUAUGAUUUCAGAGCCUUCUCCUUCAAGGACAGAGAGGUCUGGGUUAGCGGCUUCGAGAAGAUUCUUGAAUACAAAUAAAGCAAUUUUGGCUAAAAGAUCUAUUAAUAUUGAUGACCUUAAAGUCGAUGAAUACACCAGACCUGGUCACGAAGUGUACCAUCUCAGGCCGACUGAUUUCGACCAUAAAGGGAAGAUAAAGGCACUUUCUGAUAUUCCAUUCGAGGAACUCCAGGAUCCGAGAUAUAUCAACGAAGCUGAAGGUGAAGAAGAGGAAGAAGUCAAAGAUCAUGAUUCUCACAAAAAUCAUCAUGAAGAAUUCAAAAAUCACUUUGGUGGUGAUGAUGAAAGAUUUAGAAGAAAUCUCAUGAACCCAAAAGAGAGAGAUGUUGAAGGAAUGCCUGACACAAAUCAACCAGAUGUGAAUGACGUCAAGGCGAAAAGAAACAUCCAGGAAUUCAGUGAUGAUCAAAGCACAGAUAGAAACGAAGGAAAUCAGAGUUCUAAUUCAGCUGAUUCAGGUGUUGGUGCACGAGAGCCAAGAAAUUCCAGAGAAGAAAGACUAGAAACAGAUCAAAAGGAUGACCUUGAUGACUGCAGCUCAUUUGAGAGGACAAAUAUCAGAAAAAUUAAGGCUUCUCCUACCAAAAAGAAGAGUAAAAUUAAACAAAUUAAGCUUAAGAAUAUCACCAAAGAUCCAGAAUUUAAAGAAAAUCAAAGACAAGGCAACUCGAAGGAGAAAAUUGGAGAGGAUUUUAAAGGAACUAGAAAAACUAUGAAGAGGGACUCAGACCCAAUAUCUAAAGAAGUUGGUGAAAAAGGCACUUUCUCACAAGAAAUUCCAUUGAAGAAGGUCAGGACUCAAGCUCCUGAUGAGCAAAGGAAGAGCCAGCUGAAUAGUUUAGCUCCAAGUGGAAGCUACUUUACACAAAAUACUGAAAAAUUUGAUCUUGUGAUCGAGCAUGAUGAUAAUGAGUUCAACCAUAUUUCUGACGAAGGCCCAUCAACCCCAAAGAAGAGGAAGCCUGAGCCAAUGCCAAAGGAAUACCAGUUAGCAAAUACAGAAAGUAAGGUGAUCACUCGAAAAUCAAGAACUAGCAUUGAGGCUCCCAAAAUAGUAAACAAAGAGAAAUCAGAGUCGCCUAUUAGAAAAAGAAAGGUAAAUUCCAACCAACAUCUACUAAGCGAAUGGGAGAAAAAGUAUGGCACCAGGAAUGAUAGAAGAAUUUGUAAGGAUGUAAAGGAGCCACUUGACCAAUGGGGUGUGGAACCUUAUCAGAGCAACCCAAGCCCAGAAAAUCUUGAUGGAAAUCUACCAGAAUCUCCAACAGGAGAUGUUCAAGUCACUGGAAAUAUUGCUGGCGAAUUUGAAUAUGACUGGGACAACGAAGAUGGACCUGAAGUAAGUCAACAAAAGAAAUUAAGAAUGAACCAAAGAUCAAUGAACAACUCUAGAGUUCCUGUUGGAGCUAUGGAGUAUGCUGCUACUAAAUUCAACAAUUAAGCGGGACAUACAGUAAAUUUCAAUCCAGAAGAUGCCCUCCUGCUAUCAGAUAUCGGGCCUAAUAGUAACUUUUAUAGAUAAUCCAUCCU